AUGGUCGGUCUGCCUGCUCGAGGAAAGAGUUACAUCACAAAGAAGCUCGCUAGAUACUUGAACUGGCUACAACACGACACGCGCAUCUUCAAUGUUGGAGAGAGACGCCGUGUCUCUACACCCGAAAUGCCCGACUCGGAUUCCAUGGAUCAAUCGGCCAACUUCUUCGACCCCCAGAACAAGAGAGCUGCCUUGAUCCGCGAGCAGUGCGCCAUGGACACGCUGGACGAACUCCUCGACUACAUCCUUGAAGGCAAUGGCUCGGUCGGUAUUCUCGACGCUACAAACAGUACCCUCGAGCGCAGAAAGGUCAUCAUGAAGAGAAUUCGCGAAAGAGCUGGCACCGAGCUGAACGUCCUCUUCCUCGAGAGUCGCUGUGUUGACGAGAACUUGCUUGAAUCAAACAUGCGCCUGAAGCUUUCAGGUCCCGACUACAAGGACCAAGAUCCUGUCGCUGCUCUUGAGGACUUCAAGAAGCGUGUCGCCAUCUACGAAAAAGCCUACGUACCACUAGGCGAAUACGAGGAGAAGAACAACAUGCCAUACAUCCAAAUGAUCGAUGUAGGCCGCAAGGUCAUCUCGCAUCAAAUCCGCGGCUUCCUCUCCGCCCAGGCCAAUUACUACCUCCUCAACUUCAACCUCGCACCUCGCAUGAUCUGGAUCACGCGCCACGGUCUUUCUAUGGACAACGUUUCAGGCAAGAUUGGAGGUGAUUCCGACCUCAGCAAAGAGGGCCUACAAUACGCCAAAACACUCACCAAAUUCAUCGAGCACGCUCGUAGGGAAUGGGACAUGAAGCAACUCCACAAGCUCACCCACUCACAUUUCCCUCCUCAACCUGGUGACACAACUCCGCCCAACCCCCACUACCAGCCCAACGACAACAAUGAGUUACAACAAAAGUCCUUCUGCGUAUGGACUUCCAUGCUCAAGCGCAGCAUUCAGACGGCUCAAUUCUUCGACGAUGAAGAGUAUGACUCGAAGCAGAUGCGCAUGUUGGACGAACUCAACGCUGGUAUCAUGGAGGGUCUCACAUACUCCUCCAUCGCCGAAGCCCACCCUGCCGAAUACGCCCUCCGCAAAAAGGACAAGCUUCACUACCGCUACCCCGGUCCUGGCGGUGAGGGAUAUCUUGACAUCAUCAACCGUUUGCGUCCUGUGAUUGUCGAGCUUGAGCGCAUGGAAGACCACUGCUUGCUCGUCGGUCACCGUAGUGUCGCUCGUGUUUUGCUAGCAUACUUCCGCGGCUUGAAGAGAGAGGAAGUCGCAGACUUGGAUGUACCAAUCGGUAUGCUCUACUGCCUCGAGCCCAAGCCUUACGGUGUAGACUUCAAAGCAUACAAGUGGGACAAGAACACCGAAUGGUUCUACGAACAGCCCAACUUCCAGCUCAAGCGCGCCGAGGACGAUAUGCAAUGA